UACUGAGUGAGCUGUGAUUGGUCACAGCUUGUCACAUGGUACAAGGCUGUUGUGAAUAGCCUUGUACCAUGUGACCUCUGUGAUCAUUCACAGAUUUCACACGUAGUAAGCAAUGAUGUCACAAGUGACAUCUUGCUUACUACUUUGCAUGUGAUCACUGAUUCGCCAAUCAGGGGCGCCACCAUUCGUGGCAUCGGCUGUCAAUCACCGGGUCCCAGGCGAUGAUUUCUCGCUGACACCCGGUGAUCGCCGAGUAUCUCCGACAGGGGAGAGACCUGCUUAUAAACAAGACAGAUGUCUACCGUCAGCUCCUGCACACUGCUUUGUUCGGCUCUGCAUAGCAGAGCCGAACAAAGCAGUGUGCUUACAGUGAAACACAGCUCCCAUAGUAAACAGCACACACUUAACCCUUUGAUCGCCCCACAUGUUAGCCCCUUCCUGCCCAGUGCCAUUAGUACAGUGUCAGUGCUUUUUAUUAGCACUGAUCACUGUAUUGGUGUCACUGGGGAUGUCAGUGACACCAAGUCAGUUCCCCCCCAGGGUCAGAACGCCUGCCACAGUCCCGCUAUAAGUCGCUGA